UUUGACGAGCACUUGCUCUAAAAGUGCUCUGUCAGUCGCGAUCGCAUCGGUUUUAAUUGUUUUGUGUGUCAUUCAAUAACGGUUACGCAAAAAUGCAUCAGCUUUUGACACUAGUUACGAUGGUGGCAUUCACUACGGUGAUCCACGGCGCUGUGUACCCUUGGGUUCCGUUCGCGUCUUGGUGGGUUCGUGCGCCGGACAAGGAUAUUCCACCAGUUGUCAACGUGCAGCAGUUGGGAGGAAACUACGUUUUCAGCACCGCUGAAGGAAAAGCCUACCAGGCUGUUGCUCCUGCGUCCGUGAUUCAACCACCACUGGCAACUGUACACGUUCAGGCACUCUCCGGUCUAUCGGUUCAAUAUUUACCAUCUGGGCAGGCGAUACUGGUUCCAACGGGAGCAGUGGUAGGCAACGCUGAUCCUGACACUUCAAACUCAUCGGAUGAUGCUGUUGGUCAGGGUACUACCACGGAAAUCAAUGAAAACGAAACAGCGAAUGAACCGGCGGAGAUCAACGACGAAGUGAAUUCAGAACAGCCAGAAGAUCCAGCUCCAGUCACGGAGCAACCGGAAGAUAACGAGGAAACGGAGAGCCAGUAGGUUAAGGUCAAAUUCCAGGAAAACAGUGGUGUUAUAUGUGUUCGGAUUUUUAUAGCUUAUUUAUGCAAUUAUGAAAUACCAAAUCGUUCAUGAAGUCAAAGGUCGAAAGCACAUCAUUUGUGAGUCACUUAGUAGAUGCGCUUUUCUUAUAGCAUUAUAGUGUUUUCCUUGUUAUCAGUACACUGACCUAGUAACGCAUCACUGUGAGCUUAUCUCGGAUGCUUAUUACUCAUUGACGGUUAAAUUGAAGUGAAAUGAAUAGUAUUACACAGAGACGAAGUUUAGGAAUAUGUUUUCGAUUUAUCUUUAAAUAAAUACUAAAUAUAUAAUUAUAUGUAAUACAA